CUUUUCUUUCUUUUAUCAUUCUAAUGCUUUCUAUUCGCAAUAUGCUUACUGAAAAUACUUCACCAACAAUAACAAAAGAAGCACAAAGGAAUAAACCACCUGCAUUAGACAUUGCGUUCUUACUUUGCCCUACUGACAAGACAAUUAAAAGACACCAUUGGCAAAGUGACAACAUCUAUUAUACAAACCAAUACCAUUUACUGGAUAAUCAUCAUUUCCGAAAGUCAAGAUCAAAGCAAUAUCAAGAAAAAAACUCAAUUGAACAAGAAUUUUUCUUGAACAAUCGUAGGCAAUCUUCAUCAUCUUCAUCUUGUUCUUCCAUAUCAUCUUCAUCCUAUGAAAAACAACCGUCAGAAGAAGAGGAAGAGGAGGAGGAAGAACAGGAUAGAAUGCCUAUGAAAGCAAAGCGAAAACGAGCCUCAACAAAGCAAUUGGAUGUAUUAAACAAAGUAUUUGAGAAAACAUUCUUUCCUUCUACUCAACUUAGGGCAGAAUUGGGUCGACAAUUAGGAAUGAGCCCAAGAACAGUACAAAUAUGGUUUCAAAACAGACGUCAAGCCAUUCGAACAAGAGAAAGAACACAUCGAGAAAAUUCAUAAAUCUCUUAUGUUUUCAAUUGUCUAUGUAUCCUCUUUAUUACCUUUUUUAUGAACAUGUAUGCACACACACACACACACACACACACAUAUAUAUAUAUAUGCACACAAACACAUAUGAAAAUUAAACUUUAAAAAAAUGUUUAUGAUAAUAAUAAACUAGGC